AAACAGGAAAUUGUGAACAGACGAUAGCAAUCCAAAGAAAGGUUGAAUAUCUGUGCAACCACUUGUCAUCUGUAAUCCAUCUGUACUCCGCAAUGGCCACUGCACAAUCGUUUGUUGAAGAAUCUGCCAAAUUGUUGAUGUGCCCGAUAUGUCUACAGACAGUGUCACAUCCAGUCGUUAAAAUGUUUGCACACUUUCUGCGAACAUUGCUUAGAGGAUUGGAUUCAGAAAAAGAAAAACGAUGUCACCAAAACAUUCACAUGCCCUGUCUGUACAUGUGAUUUGGACAUACCGACUGAAGGGGCUACUUCAUACAGAACCAAUUUCCUUAUGAAGUCAAUGGCCGAAGCAUUAGACAGAACUAAAACUGCACUGGGGAAGGUUGACUUCGAUUGCGCGGUUUGCAUGCUUGAUGAAAAUCACGUUGUUGCUGUAACAAGGUGUAAAGAAUGUGCUGAAUAUCUGUGCAGCUCAUGUACUAAAGUUCAUAAAAGAUUAAAGGCAACAAGGUUACACACAAUUGUUGAAAUGGCAGGGAAUCAAGAUGAAGAUGUCAUCCAAUGCUUUAAACAUCCAGAGCAACCACUUCAACUUUAUUGUGAAACAGAUAAGACAUUGAUCUGCAUUGAUUGUUGUACAGAAGACCAUUCAGCCCAUCCCUGUUUGAAAGUACAAGAGGUCGCAAAAGCUGAGUGGAAACGUCUAUCUGAACUUCUGGAUCAAGUAAAUACCAAAACAAACAUGCUUGAUCAACAAAUACAAAAAGCACCAGGUCUAAGGAACUCUCAAAUAGAAAACCUCACCACUGUUCUUGAUGCUAUAAACGAUCACCGACAUAGUGUGACAGAUAAAGUCAAUGCACAUUUUGACAAGCUUGAAGCUGAUGCAAAAUCCAAACAUGAUAAAACUCUGAAACAAAUCAUGAAGCAACAGGGUGUUCUAGAACUAGAGAGGGAUAAAACUCAAAACACGGCACUGAUGAUGUCAUCGAUCAAGGAAACAAGCCAUCCUGUUGUCAUCAUUAACUCCCUUCCUGAUAUUCAAAAAAGGGCAGAUGAUUUGGAAACAACAAAGCUUUGUUUUGAUGGCAACAAAAUCAAAACUUUAAAAUUCCAGCUUGGUAAUAUUGAUACUGCCGCAUUAGGUCAUAUUUCAAGUGUCAAUAAUCCAUUGUUAAAGUCAAGUCCAACAAAUUGUGAAGCCUCCAAAGAUAAAUCUUCCCCAGUUUCCUCGAUUGGCUCCACGACUCACAAGACCCAACAGUAUGCCCAGUAACUUACAAUCUGGUUAUGGCAAAAUGUAGACAAUGGCUUGCUCGGAAUCAUAAAUUAUUGUUCAAUAGUCUUGGAAAGAGACAUUGCAACACUAAGAUAGUAAAGCAUGUGCUUUGUAACGCAUCUACAAACUGGGAAGAUGAGAAGGGACAAGUCUCGGUUUGAAGAUCAGUCUUAUUGGCGAAUAAUUUUUUAAUGAAAAAUAUAGAAAUAACACCCAAAUUAUGAAUAUUCAAAAGAGGACAUUAAAUCUAC